AUGAAUUCAAAGCCAUCGGAUGCUCCACACAUGAUCAUUGAUGAUAAAGAAGAAUUUACUGAACAAGAUGACAUAAUAAAUCAGACAACUUCAGACGAUCACAACCUGCCUGAUUCUAAACCAGAUCAAGAUAUAUCAAGUUCUGCCGGUGAAACAGGAUAUGCAGACGUGAUUUCAGAAACUCUCUCUGGAUCAGAUAUUCCACAACAGCAGACCCAGCAUCAGCAUGAGCAUGAUAACGAGGACUCAUCAACUGACUUUGAGAAUGAAGUGAUUAAAACAAGAAGUGUUAACAAUAUUUAUAGAGAUACAAGGCCCCUAACUGAUACUGAAGUACUACAGAAAUACAAUGAAAGGCAAGUAGUUAACUUCGUAAUGUAUGCUAAUACCGAUCCAACUACCUAUGAGGAAGCUAGCAAGGAUACUAAAUGGAUCGAAGCCAUGAACAAGGAAAUGGAAUCCAUUUACAAGAAUCAAACCUGGGAUCUAGUGGAUUCUCCAAGGAAUCAAAAACCUAUAGGAGUUAAAUGGAUAUAUAAGACUAAGUAUGAUGAAAAGGGCAAUAUAGGCAAAUUCAAAGCAAGGUUGGUAGUGAAAGGAUAUAAACAAAAGUUUGGGAUAGAUUAUCAAGAGGUAUUCGCUCCGGUAAUCAAAUUUGAGACGGUACGUUUAGUACUGGCUUUAGCAGCUCAAAAUGACUAG